GAAUGUAGGAAACUUCUGAGUCAGCUGCUGCUCUUGAUGUCCAUGGAGUGCACAAUCAGACUAGUAGCGGUGGAGAUCAUGUCGCUGAGCUCCUGCACAAAUCACUUGCUAGCUUCAAUUAAGGAGCUAGGCAAGAACCACACAAGCUAGCGAGGCUGGGAGAUCGAGCAAUUAGCAAUGGCGGAGUUCGCGCUUGGGUUGACCAAGUCGGCGGUGGAGGGGACGCUAAGCAGGGUGAAGUCGGCGAUUGAGGAGGAGGAUAAGCAGAGGGUCCGUGUUCAGGACGACCUGGUGUUCAUCACCGGGGAAUUUCAAAUGAUGCAGUCAUUUCUUGGCGUCGCCAAUGCUGAGCGCGCCAACAACCCAGUGGUGCGGACAUGGGUGAAGCAGCUCCGUGACCUGGCCUUCGAUGUCGAGGACUGCGUUGAGUUCGUCAUCCACCUCGACAAACCGUCGCGCUUGGACUGGGUGCGGCGCUUCACCUCGUCCGUCAUCUGCAUCGCAAGGCCGCCACUGCCCCUGGAUGUGGCGGUUGCAGACAUCAAGCGGCUCAAGGCCAGGGUGGAGGAUGUAAGCCAGAGGAACACACGCUACAACCUCAUCAGUGACUCCGGCUCCAGCUCCAACUCUGCAGUUACUAGUGUCUCUACUCCGGCAGUAGAGCUUAAGCCGGUCAGCACAUCAUCACUAUUCCACACCCUAUGCCGGAUGUGGGAGGAAGCCGGGAGGAAGCGACGCGGCACAGAUGAUCUCAAGAAGUUGAUCAUGAGAGAAGGGAGUGACCUUGAAGUCAUCUCUCUAUGGGGAAGUCAAGAAGCUGCAGAUCUUGGGACAACACAUGUUAUUAGGGAGGCGUACAAUGAUCCACAGAUCCGCCAAGAAUUUAGAAUCCGUGCACGGGUAAAGCUGCUACAUCCAUUUAACCUUGACGAGUUCCGCAAGAAUUUGCUCACUCAGUUCAACUUGGCGGCCUCUUCUCACCGACAAAGGAGCUCUGGGCGUUCUCACAACCAGAUCCAGGCAAUGGAUGGCGUAUGUGAGACUGACCAGCUCAUGCAACAUCUGAAGGAGCAUAGGUAUCUCGUCAUCUUGGAAGAUGUAUGCACUGCGGUAGAGUGGGAUGACAUCAGAGAGUAUCUGCCGGACACUAAGAACGGCAGUCGGAUAGUCGUGUCAGCGCAGCAAUUGGGGCUUGCGGUUUCCUGCUUGCGGAAGUCAUGCCAAGUAGCGGAGCUCAGAAGGUUCUCUCAUGGUCAAUCUCUUUGUGCAUUCAUCAAGGUAGCUUUCGGUGGCAAGCAAUUGAGUCCCAAGGAGAUUGAGGUUUCAAAACUUACCAUGGACAAGUGUGGCGGACUUCCCAAAGUAAUAGUUGCUAUAGGCAAACAGUACAAUGCAUCUGAAAGGGGCAUACCUUUUCUGGAGAACUUAAAUAGUAACUUCAUGGGUACGUUGGAGAGCAUGCCACAAUUCCAUAGUUUAAGGGGUCUGUUUAGUUGGAUGCAAUCCUACUUCGAUGCAUGUUCAGAUGCACUCAAGCCAUGUAUCUUCUAUCUAUCGGUCUUCCCGACAGUCAAUCAUAUCAGGCGAGGACGGUUGCUGAGGCGGUGGAUUGCCGAGGGUUAUUCCAGGAACAAGUUUGGUAUUACUGCAGACAGAGAUGGGGAGAAUUUGUUCACUGAGCUAGUCAAGCUGAGCAUCAUCCAGGAACCACCAUUCCAGAAUAAUUUCGGGAUCGUAUUCAAUGAUCCAGACAGUAAAGUAGACAAUGUGUUCCAAGUCAAUGGUUUCUUCCAUGAAUACAUUAUCUCACGACCAUUGGAAGAUAACCUUGUGUUUGCACUGGAGGGCCACUGCGACCUGGACUCGCAACGUGUAGGACAACACCUGACCAUAAGGAGCAGUUGGGACAGAGAUGAGAUUGUAUUCAAGAGCAUGGACUUGUCACGGUUAAGGUCUUUGACAGUGUUCGGGGAAUGGAGAUCAUUCUUCAUCUCAACGGUGGCCGAUAGCAGCAAUAUGAGACUGCUUCGGGUACUUGAUCUUGAGGACACAUCAGGUGUAACAAAUGAUGACCUGGAGCAGAUUGGGAAGCUACUUCCUCGUCUCAAGUAUCUCUCUGUACGAGCAUGCAAAGAUAUUACUCGUAUGCCGGACUCAUUGGGUAGCUUGAGGCAGUUGCAGACUCUGGAUGUCAGCCACACCAAAAUAACCAAAUUGUCAUGUGCUAUCAUCAACCUGGCGAAGCUUCAGUACCUGUGUGUAGGCACCACUCAAGACUACGAUGCACAGCCAGCAGCAGCUGACCAUGAUGGCAUGAGCAGAAGCCAAGCAGCAGGGGCUAACCAUGAUGGCAUGAGCAGUAGCCAAGCAGCAGUAGCAGUAGUAAUACCGGCCAUGGACGGUGAUGUGACAAGCACAAUUGAACCAGCAGCAACAACAACAGCAACAACACCAGCCGAGGGUGAAAAUUCAUCAAGUACACUAAUGCAAUGGAGUAGAAAGACACGCAACUUGGUGCAAUCCUAUUCCUGCAGCUGGCCGUCCAAGAAGAAGAAGCAGUUUGAUUAUGGCGGUGGUGUCAAGGUUCAUGCUGCAGGUUUUGGGAAUCUGUCGGCGUUACGUAGUCUUGGUAUUGUGAAUGUGAGUGGUGCAGGCGGGAAGGCCAUCCUCAAGGAGAUGAAGAAGCUUACCCAGUUGCACAAUCUCUGGGUGUCAGGCAUCAACCAGAAAAACUGGCACAGCUUGUGUUCAGUCAUCUCGGGUCAUGGCCAUCUAGAGUCCUUGUCGGUGCGACUCGACUAUGAGUAUGAGCAGGAGGGGGGUCUGUGUUGUUUAGAUGACAUCUCCGAGCUACCAAAUACACUUGAUAACCUCAAGCUUUAUGGGGGAAAUGUUCGUGCAUCGCCAGCCUGGAUCUUGGGGCAGCUGUUGCCUCAAAAUUGGAACCACAUUCAUCUUCAUCUAUUUUCCCUUAAUUAUAUUGAGUUGACAGUGUCAACGCAAGAGGACAUAGACAGUCUACAAAGAUUGAGAGAUACAAAUUUUCCUUGUCUUUGUGUGAAGCCAAUUCAAGAUGGUGAGCUCCGUUAUGGGUGGGAGGAGGAUUCCCAGCUUUCGGCACCCUUCGUAUCCGCCACCGUCCUCAAGAUCGAAUGCAACAGCUACAAGUUGGCGCUAGUUUUUGAACCUAAUCUACCGAGAUGUGUACAGGAGCUGGUGAUUCACUGCUCUUCUACUGAGUCGUCUUUGGAGCUUUCUGGGCUAGAGAAGCUAGGGAAUCUCAAGGAAAUCUGCCUCAAGGGAUCAUACAGCCAAGAACUGAGGCAAUACUUGCAGCAGAAAGUUGACUGCCUUGAAGGGCCGCCGUCACGCAGCUUUUCGGACGAUUACCCCGAAGACUUGAGCAGCGUUUGGUACCUAGCCGCCCAAUACUACACGAAACCUGUCCUGAAGCUGGAGCCCCAGCAUUCAGCUCCAUCCAUUCCUUGUGCGAGCCUCAAGCGCUUAUUUACAUGA